AUGAAAUUGAUUAUCGCGAAAGGGUUUUGCGAAUCUCAGUUUUUUUUGCUGGUUGAAGAUGCUUGUGUGUAUUUGUGUGGAUGAGGAGGCGUAGCGUUUCCAGGAACUUGAAUGAAGCAGCCCGUCAUUUUUGUGCGGAAGGUGGUGCUUAAAGGUUAUAUUGGGUGUAUGUUUGGACGUAAAGGUGCAUAGUGAAAAAACAAGUGAUACUAUAGUGAGGAAAAGCCAAGACAAGAGUUGUUUCGUGUGAUAACCCCUGGCGUCUAUAAUUUUGUCGCAAACAGAUUUUGCCAACGAGAUUAUUGCAACUUCAACUACGAUGGAAGAUCCGAAUAGGAUGAUGGGUGGACACGGUGGUCUAAUGCCUCCCAAUUACGGUAUGCCCACAAACGAUGGGCAGCCUGGUGUUGAUAACGAUCCUCGCAAGCAAGAUAUUGGCGAAAUUUUGCAACAGAUAAUGAAUAUUACUGAUCAGUCACUGGAUGAAGCUCAAGCUCGGAAACACACACUGAACUGUCAUCGAAUGAAACCAGUUUUGUUCGCUGUGCUUUGUGAAAUUAAGGAAAAAACUGUUUUAUCGCUACGAAACACACAAGAAGAAGAGCCUCCAGAUCCUCAAUUGAUGCGAUUGGACAACAUGUUGAUUGCCGAAGGAGUGGCGGGACCUGAAAAGGGUGGUGGUGCAGGUGUGGAAAAUGGGGCCUCUUUGGCUGUUGCCAAUGAUUUCCUGUCGCAGUCAGAUCUUACCGGUGGCCAGGAUAAUGCUAUUGAGCACUCGGACUACCGGGCAAAGUUAGCUCAAAUACGACAAAUUUAUCACCAAGAAUUGGAAAAGUACGAACAAGCUUGCAGUGAAUUCACCACACAUGUCAUGAAUCUUUUGAGAGAGCAAAGUCGCACAAGACCAAUUACGCCAAAAGAAAUCGAACGAAUGGUUCAAAUAAUUCAUCGGAAAUUUAGCUCCAUUCAGAUGCAGCUCAAACAAUCCACUUGUGAAGCAGUGAUGAUUUUGCGCUCCCGAUUUCUGGAUGCUCGACGAAAACGACGCAAUUUUAGCAAACAAGCUUCGGAAAUUCUAAAUGAAUAUUUCUACAGUCAUCUGAGCAAUCCAUACCCCUCGGAGGAGGCAAAGGAGGAAUUGGCACGAAAAUGUGGCAUAACGGUGUCACAAGUCUCUAAUUGGUUCGGCAACAAGCGCAUUCGCUACAAAAAAAAUAUAGGAAAAGCGCAAGAGGAAGCGAAUCUUUAUGCAGCAAAGAAGGCAGCUGGUGCUUCGCCAUAUUCGAUGGGCGGACCACCAAGUGGCGCCGCUACGCCAAUGAUGUCUCCAGCACCAGCUCAGGAUUCAAUGGGCUACUCGUUAGGUUCAGGUGGAUACGAUCAGCAGCAGCCAUACGAUGGGAGCAUGGGCUAUGAUCAGCUACAUCAGGAUCUUAGUCCUUGAAAUAUUACUCACCCAAGGAGUAGUAAUACUAUCCAUUGAAAACAAGGACGGGUGUUUUUGCCGAUAAUAUUUUUUUUAUCAGUGUAAUGUUAUGCCGAGCCUAUACGAGGGGAUUCAUACUUAGAUAUAAUUUCCCGGAUACAUAAUCUUUUACGGAACUAAUUGUUGUGUAAAAUAACGAAUUCAAUUGAAACAUAAAUGCUACUUCCAUGAAUGACGAAAAAGAAAAAAAAAAACCGAUAUGAGAGAACAUAGAACAUGGGGACCUGCAUUACCUGUCGAGUUUAACUGCUGUAGAUCUCUUUUCGCUGAUCUUUCAUUAUGCAUAUUCCGUUUAUUUCCAGUGGUAAAACACCUAAUAUCUGGUCUGAAAGCAUAACAGAAAAAGUGCAAAAUAAAAUCACAGAAGGCAAACACGUAAAAAAGUAUACGGAUACUAGUAAAAUAUGCUAGUAACAGAUUAGAAAGGUAGAGAAAUGCUUUUAAAGAAUAUUAAAAUACAAAAUAAUGCUGUAUGUUACAUCCACGUUACGACAACAUCACAUCACACACUACCUUACUGUAAUUAACUACAAUCCUUGUAUUUCUUUCCAUGGCCUAUUAAUAAUUAUCUGUUUUCUUUCGGUAAAUCAGUCCUUCGGAAAGUAGUGAAUUUAAUAAAAUAUUCUUCAUUAUCACUACGACCGUCAAGUAUCAAACAAGCAAUGUACUUGCCGAUAUGGUAAAAGUACAACAGUUUGGUUGAAAAGUAUGAUUUAAGCAAAGGAAAGAUGUAAAAAGAAAUCUUUAGCUUUGGAAUGAAUGUGGCUAAUACUGAAAUAACCAUAAAAUAUGUCAGUUAGUACAAUAUAUUUGCUUUGUGAAAUAGAAUGUCGGGACGGGGUCUGUAGUUUAUCUGAUUAUCGCAGUAUCACGGCCCCGGUUCCGUCACUCUCAGGCCCUCGGAGUUUUACAAGCACAACUUUUACACUUCUACUUCAAUUUGAAAUUCUGAAUUCAACAGAAAAGGGAAACUUCCAAAAUUGAUCAACAAUGUCAUUUUACGGGUGUUACUUUUCGAUACUAUUCAACUGAAUCGACGAACUUCAUCAGUUUACCGUAAUAAAACCAAUAACUUUAGCUAACUCCAGAAUACGACGUAACUUCGCGUAUUACAUUUUAUGCGAAAACGUAUUAAUACAAAGUUCUAGGUUAUUCGUUAUUUUCGGUAAAAAAGAGAAAUAAAAAACAUCGUAGUAUAAACAUAAAAGAUAAUUCAGUAUGUGUGUACGAAGGAAAACAUAGAGAAAAUACUUUUCUAAAUAUGGAUAAUACUGUUGGCAACUCACGGAUAUCAUGGAAAAUUUAAAUUUGAAUGAAAACAACAAAAUCUCAAUUCUAAAAUCGUAGCAAGCAUUUUUUAAAGAACUUCAAGGAAAGGUUACAAAAAACGCGGCUUAUUAAAAUUUAUUUCUACAAACAACUAAAGCAAACUUUGACAGAAAUGCAUCUCAACAAUAGUAGAAAUAGUGACAGUAGCUAUUAUGGUUUCUGAUUGCGCCCUAAUAAUCUUCUAGAUCUAAUAAUUCAGGGAUUGUCUUGGUGUAUUGUUCGUCGAACAUAUGUCUGCGCGAUAAUAUAACUUCAAAGAAUACUUCAUAUUUCAAUUAGUUUGUGUACAAUAUUAUUCGUUUGUUUGAUUUGCUACCGAAUAUGAAAGAUUAUUGAAAUCAAGUUAUACAAUUUUGCUCUACAAAACUUUAGUUUUGAUUUUUUAUUGUGUUAUUUUCGGUAAGAAGUAAGGUCCUUCUGACAUUUUUAAAAUAAUGAAUAAUGAGGAAUAAUUGUCAUUUAUUUUCUUCUAAUAGCUCUGUGAAUUUCUCGGUUCAUAAAACAAAUGUUUUGAUUUACCAAAACAAAACCAAAUCAUUGCUAAUAAUGGUGGGAUAUGUUAUAGAUAUUUUCGCUAUGUCUCUGUAUUGAAUACCGAAUAACGUAAAAACAAAUCCUCAUGCUGCCCUUGCCAAAUCGGCAACCAUAUGGCAACAGGAUACGAACCCUGGUCUCAAACGCUCAAGACAAUAUACGUACGAAAAGUGCAUCUUGUAAAUGUCAGCAGAUACAUCAUGCUGUUACGCGGACAAAAGAAAAUUAAAUCGAAGGCUAGUUACUGACGAACGUACACGAAAAGCGUGAUGAGCAAACAAAACGUUUUGUAUACGAACAAUGUAAAAGAUAGGAAAAAUCCUAUAAUAUUAAAAUAUUUUUAAAAAUGUGGAUACUAAACAAACAAAAGUGUAGAAAAAUAACUAAAAAAGUGAGCAGCAGUAGAUGAAAAAGAUCAGCGUAAAUUAAGUUUCGACCAUGAAAUAUUACGUCAAACCAGGACGCCUAUCGUCCACGAAUAUUAUUUUGAGCACAAUUUCAGCCAAACAAACAAAUAAGAACAAGCAUUGAGAACAUGUGCAAAACGCAUUUAUAUAACGUAUUGGUGUACAAACCUUUCCAAUCAUCCGUGGGUCAUUUUAUCAUUGUCACAAACAUUGUUUAAGUUGCCUCAUUAUGAUUAUUUUUAAAUGCCCAGAUAACACCACAACCUGAUAGCUACCGCAAUGGCGUAAUUAUCAAAAUAAGCAGCUGUAAUUACAACAUUUUUAUAUUGUGCAUGGUUUCUCUUUCCCAUUUUUUCGAUUGUGUAAUAAAUCGAAUUUUGUUAUUUUCCUAAAACUGCGAGCUGUCUUUCCCGAUUCAUAAUCAAACAUUUUUGUUGGACACAAAUGAUUUAAGCAGAUUGAAAUUGAGAACAGAUUUAAAAAAACCGAAUGCAUGAUGCAAGAACGGAUGAUUGCAAACAUGCAACAUCCGAGAAAGAGAAAAGUAUCUUAUAAUUAUGAAGAAAUUGAGAAAAUACUAUUAAAGUAGGCACUAGCGUAAGCCAAAUCAACACGAAAACAAGUAAACGAGGGAUGAGGAAAAGAUAAGAAAUGAAUAUGUAUACGAAAACGAUUUAAAAAUCUAUCCAUUAAAACAUCUUUUUUUGUGUACUUAAUUAUGAUAAAAUAGUUAAAAAAGUAAAAUAUAAAAUAUAUAAAAAUGAUACCAUUUUUGGUAGUCUUUAAAAAUAAAUGAUCGUUUCACUAUUUUAUGUUUCG